CUUGUUCUUGCACACCGUUUCUUCAUUCCAAUGCACACACAGAGCGGAGCAUAAACUUUCCGCAACCACCCCGAUAAUUCGCUCAGGGACUUACUACAAUAGAUAAACCAAGCGGAUUGUAUCGGGAAUAAGACUUGAUCAUGUAUGUACGUAAUUGUGAAAAUGCAUAGUUGGACUAUGCUACAUUAUGGUAUUUGAUACAAUAAGUGUGAAGAUAUCAAACGUAUUGACUACAGAAAAGACUUGGGAUUUUUUCCCGACAGACCCUGUGAGACGGACAUUUACUUCCCUCGGUGUCGAUUAUAUGAAAUAUUAACGGGGAUAUUUACCGAACCGUUGUUGGGAACAGGGCAACUUCUCUUUGGUCGUUUGCCAAAUGCGUCUACGGGUUGGACAACUACGGAAUCUCGUUUCUCUGGCAUAAAACCCACUGGAAAUCAUUGAGUAAGGAGAGGGCACAAAUCUUCUCGUACCUUGCUCAUAUUCCUAUUUCCCUCGUUGGUUUUAUGGAGGUAACUCUGGGUUUGGGUGCUUGACGCCGUUGGACUGGGUGCUUGACGCCGUUGGACUGGGUGCCGGAACACCUCGGAUUGUAUUCACCCGUCUCUCCCUCUCUCCCCUGGGGUUAUUUUUAUGUCCGAGCUGACCGCUUUAUGACAAUGGAUUACUUGCUGGUUUUAUGCAGCCUCUGGUUGCACAUGGCCUCAGCUGUUGAAGAAACAUUAAUGGACACCAAGUGGGCCACAACUGAGCUGGCCUGGACCGCUCAUCCUGAAACUGGGUGGGAGGAGGUGAGUGGCUACGAUGACGCCAUGAACCCCAUCCGGACGUACCAGGUGUGCAACGUGCGCGAGGCCAACCAGAACAACUGGCUACGCAGUGACUUCAUCCCACGCAAAGACGUCCUCCGAGUCUACGUGGAGAUGAAGUUCACAGUGCGCGACUGCAACAGCAUCCCCAACAUCCCCGGCUCCUGCAAGGAGACCUUUAACCUCUUCUACUACGAGUCCGACUCAGACUCGGCCACGGAGACGAGUCCAUUCUGGAUGGAAAAUCCCUAUGUGAAGGUGGACACCAUCGCGCCCGAUGAGAGUUUCUCCAUGUUGGAGUCGGGAAGGGUGAACACAAAAGUACGGAGCUUCGGGCCUCUUUCAAAGACUGGGUUUUACCUGGCAUUCCAGGACCUGGGGGCUUGUAUGUCGUUGAUUUCUGUCCGGGUCUUCUAUAAGAAGUGUUCGACCACCAUCGCGAACUUCGCCGUGUUCCCCGAGACGGCCACGGGGGCAGAGGCCACGUCGUUGGUCAUCGCGCCCGGAACAUGUGUUCCCAACGCUCUUGAGGUGUCCGUGCCUCUCAAGCUGUACUGCAAUGGGGACGGCGAAUGGAUGGUUCCCGUGGGAUCGUGCACCUGCGCGUCCGGGUUCGAGCCCGCGAUGAAGGACACCCAGUGUCAGGGUGAGUGUGACAUCAAGGACACUCAAUGUCAGGCUUGCAGCCCGGGCACGUUCAAAUCCAAGCAGGGCGAGGGUUUCUGCACACCCUGCCCACCCAACAGCCGUACCAGCUCUGGCGCAGCCAACGUAUGCUCCUGUAGAAACGGCUUCUACCGCUCAGACACAGAUUCACCAGACAACGCCUGCACCACCGUUCCCUCGGCCCCGCGCAACGUCAUCUCCAACGUCAAUGAGACCUACCUGGUCCUGGAGUGGAGCGAGCCUCGUGACUCGGGCGGUCGCGACGACAUCUUCUACAACGUCAUUUGCAAGAAGUGCCUGCCCGAGCGCGGCAUGUGCUCGCGCUGCGACGACAAUGUAGACAUCUCGCCGCGCCACCUGGGCCUGACGCAGCGGCGCGUGGCGGUCCGAAACCUGCAGGCCCACACCCAGUACAGCUUUGAGAUCCAGGCCGUCAACGGCGUGUCGAAUAAGAACCCGUACACGCCGCAGUUCUCCGCCGUCAAUAUCACCACCAAUCAAGCCGCUCCAUCUGCAGUACCUACAGUUCACCUGAUGGGGGCCACUGCUAGCACCAUGAGUCUUUCCUGGCUGCCCCCUGAAAAACCCAACGGGAUCAUUCUGGAUUAUGAGAUUAAGUACCAUGAGAAGGACCAGGGAGAAGCUAUUGCCCACACCAUGACUGCCCAAAGGAGUUCUGCCCGCAUCGAGGGGCUGAAGUCCGGCACGCCAUAUGUGGUCCAGGUCCGGGCCCGCACGGUGGCCGGGUACGGUCGCUACAGCAGCCCCGCCGACUUCAGCACCAACCUGCAAAGUGACCCAGAGAAGUCUCUUCAGGAGCAGCUGCCCCUCAUCGUGGGUUCAGCCACUGCCGGUCUAGUCUUCAUCAUAGCUGUCGUUGUCAUCGCCAUCGUCUGCCUCAGGAAGCAGAGGAAUGGCUCUGAGUCAGAGUACACAGAGAAACUUCAGCAGUACAAAUCCCCUAUAGUCACGCCGGGAAUGAAGGUCUAUAUCGACCCCUUCACCUACGAGGACCCCAACGAGGCCGUCCGAGAGUUCGCGAAGGAGAUCGACAUCUCCUGCGUGAAGAUCGAGGAGGUCAUCGGCGCAGGUAACCAACCAAAGCUCCUGAGCUACAGGGGGAAGACUGCUAGUCACCUCCAGGCCAUACCGUUAGAGGACUUCACGCCAAGCGGAGAGUUUGGGGAGGUGUGUCGUGGGCGUCUGAAGUUGCCUGGACGACGGGAGAUCAUUGUGGCUAUCAAGACACUCAAGGUGGGCUACACCGACAGGCAGAGGCGGGACUUCCUGAGUGAAGCGAGCAUCAUGGGACAGUUUGACCACCCAAACAUAAUCCGGUUGGAGGGCGUGGUCACCAAGAGCCGACCAGUCAUGAUCGUCACAGAGUUUAUGGAGAACGGAGCGCUGGACUCUUUCUUAAGGCUCAAUGAUGGGCAGUUCACAGUGAUCCAGCUGGUGGGCAUGUUGCGUGGCAUCGCCGCGGGCAUGAAGUAUCUUUCUGAUAUGAACUACGUUCACCGGGACCUGGCAGCUCGCAACAUUCUGGUCAACAGCAACCUGGUGUGUAAGGUGUCCGACUUCGGCCUGUCACGAUUCCUUGAAGACGACGCCACGGACCCAACCUAUACCAGCUCACUGGGAGGCAAGAUUCCGAUUCGCUGGACGGCUCCCGAGGCCAUUGCCUACAGGAAGUUCACCUCGGCCAGUGACGUGUGGAGCUAUGGCAUCGUCAUGUGGGAAGUGAUGUCGUAUGGAGAGCGGCCAUAUUGGGACAUGAGCAACCAGGACGUUAUAAACGCAGUGGAGCAGGACUACCGGCUGCCCCCGCCCAUGGACUGCCCAACGGCACUGCACCAGCUCAUGCUUGACUGCUGGGUCAAGGAAAGAAACCUCCGGCCUAAGUUCUCCCAGAUCGUCGCAACGCUGGACAAGCUCAUCCGCAAUGCCGCCAGCCUCAAGGUGGUCACCAGCAGCACGCACUCUUCCGGGGCAUCGCAGCCCCUGCUCGACCGAUGCGUCCCCGACUACAGCACCUUCACCACCGUGGGAGACUGGCUGGACGCCAUCAAGAUGAGCCGCUACGCUGACAAUUUCCUCAACGCCGGAUUUGCCUCCUUCGACCUCGUGGCCCAAAUGACAGCAGAAGAUCUUCUUCGGAUAGGAGUGACAUUGGCAGGCCACCAGAAGAAGAUUCUAGGCAGCAUUCAGGACAUGAGACUACAGAUGAACCAAACACUGCCUGUCCAGGUCUGAGAUGGACCAACCAGAGAGACAGGACAGGAAGGAGAGGGAACUGUGCCAGAGAGAGAGAGAGAGAGAGAGAGAGAGAGAGAGAGAGAGAGAGAGAGAGCCAAUGGGAAACCCUAGCUGCCUGACCAUCUCAGCCAAUCAGAUGAAGACAAACCUGGCUUGCAGUGCCUCGAAGGGACUAGACAUUGUUUCUUCUUCUUCUGUCUUCCGCGCCGUGUUUCCUGUUGUGUUCUAUGUUAUUAGUCCCACGUUUUGACAAGAUUUAGCUGAAUGAUUUUUGUAUAAAAAAAAAAAGUUUCUAAAGAGAAGGAACGGAACCCAUAACCCCAUGCGUGCCUCACUUGGUCCAGUGUGGGGUGAUCGUUUGCAUGCGCGGGUGUGUUUUCGUGAGGAUGGCUGGGACUCAACCCCUCCACCCAACCCAUCUUCUUGUAUCCUGAAUUUGGUCAUCCUCCUGCGAAAACCCAUCUCCUUGAACCUUGAACCUUGACCCUAACAUCUGUCGGACAGCCCCCCUGACGGACAUUAAAGUUGGAAGUGGACGAACACUGUUUGAGUAUAAAAAUACAGAAAAAAAAGCUGAAAAAGUGAACAAGCGUUCGCACCCAAAAAAAAUGAAGUGUUUGGACACGAUAGAUGAAGUCCCUCCCAUGCUACAACUUGUUUUAGUGUGUGUGUGUGUGUGUGUGUGUGUGUGUGUGUGUGUGUGUCUGUGUGUGUGUCUGUGUGUGUGUCUGUGUGUGUGUCUGUGUGUGUGUGUGUGUGUCUGUGUGUGUGUGUGUGUCUGUGUGUCUGUGUGUGUGUGUCUGUUAUACCCCAUCUUCAUAUUGAAGGUGUACUAUUAUGCACAAGGCCACUGAGAAGGACGUGGAGGAGAAGUGCAAGAGGGUGAAAAAUAAGAAGAUCAUCAGAGGUCAAAUGAGAGCAUCUGAGAUGGCCGCGCUAGUUUGGCCCCCAAACGUCUCCGACCGACCUCUUUCUAAGACGUAGGGGAGAACAUUGGCUCAUAAGCCUCAUCAACUGUGUCUGUCUAUGAUAAAUGUCUAUUUGUUUUAAUCAGCUCUCCAUUUACAUUUUCUGUUCUAUAGUUAUUGGGGUUUGUGUUUCAAGAUAGUACUUCCUGUUGGCUGGUCAGAGUUUAGUACUUCCUGUUUGGGCUGGUCAGAGUUUAGUACUUCCUGUUUGGGCUGGUCAGAGUUUAGUACUUCCUGUUGGCUGGUCAGAGUUUAGUACUUCCUGUUGGACACUUUCUGUGAUGUCGGGGAGCUAGGCGAGGACUGUGGCAACAUACCUGACCAACCGGCCUUUUGUGUGUGUGUGUGUGUGUGUUUAUGAAUGCGAGAGUGUAACAAGUUACACACACAUAAUGUACAAUGCAGCUUCAGCUAUAUCCCCACUGUGGAGAAUUAGCGCAUGAACUGAACAGUGACAAGGAGCGACAAUUAUAUAUCGGAAACAGUUACGCUUUAUUCUGUGGACAAACUGUUAAUGUUUUUAUUUUUUAUUUUAUUGAAAUAGAAAAUGUUUGGAAAUAUACACUAUAUGCAUCCACAAUAGAGCAGACACACGUAACUUUCUUUUUGCAUUUAUCUGGAUGUUUAAAUCAAUCCCAAAACGCCAGUUAAAUUUCUCUACUUCCACGCACCGUAUUUAUUUCUCCCCUCACUUGGACAACAGACCAUUUGAACUGUGGACUUUUAUUCAAAAGAAUGAUGAAGAGGAAACAGAAGCUCCAAGAGGAUUCAGUAAAUGAAUUAAUGAUUAUAUAAAAAAAAUAUAAAAAAAAUGCAUAUAAAAUUGGAUAUUGUAUUUUUGUUGUUGUUCUAAACAGCCUGUACAUGUUUUGUAACAAAAAUAAGAUAAAUAACAUGAAAACAAAAUGGAGUUUGAUCAACUGGGAAAGUGUUAUUGUGAGAUUGAUCAUUUGAUUCCAAGUGAAAUGAGCAGAUAGAGAGAGACUAUUUAGAGAGACUAUUUAGAGAGAGCAGAUAGAGAGAGCAGAUAGAUAGAGAGAGCAGAUACAUAGAUAGAGAGAGCAGAUAGAUAGAGAGAGCAGAUAGUUAGAGAAAGCAGAUAGAUAGAGAAAGCAGAUAGAUACAGAAAGCAGAUAGAUAGAGAGAGCUUAUUUAUGUAGAGAGAAGAUAGAGACAGCAGACAGAGAGAGCAGGGAGCAGAAAGAGAGAGAGCAGAUGUAGAGAGAGAACAUAUAGAGAAAGCAAAUAGAUAGAGAGCAGAUGUAGAGAGAGCAGAUGUAGAGAGAGAACAGAUAGAGAGAGCAAAUAGAGAGCAGAUGUAGAGAGAGCAGAUGAAGAGAGAGAACAGAUAGAGAGAGCAGAUAGACAGAGAGCAGAUGUAGAGAGAUGACAGAGUGAGAGAGCAGAUAGAGAGAACGGAUAGAGAAAUCAGAGAGAGAGAGCAGAUAGAGUGCAGAUAGAGAGAGAGAGACAGCAGAGCAAGAGAGCAGGUAAAGAGAGCAGAUAGACGGAGUGAGCAGAUGGAGAGAGAGAGCAGCUAGAGAGAGAGCAGCUAGAGAGAGAGAGAAAUCAGAUAGAGAGAGCAGAUUGAGAGAGAGCAGAUAGAGAGAGAUAGCAUAGCGAGAGAGAGCAGAUAUAAAGAGAGCAGAUCUAGAGAGAGAGAGCAGAGAGAGAGAACAGAUUGAGAGAGAGCAUAGCGAGUGAGAGAGCAGAUGGAGAGAGAGCAGAUAGAGAGAGAGCAGAUAGAUAGAGAGCAGAUAGAUAGAUAGAUAAGAUAGAUAGAUAAGAUAGAUAGAGCAGAUGGAGAGAGAGAGAGCAGACAGCAAGCGAUUGAACAGGAAUAGAAAAAGAGAGAGAGUGAGGAAGGGAGAAGUAGCGAGUAGUUGCAGUUAGACGUUUUGUUCAUAGGUUGGAGCAUUUCAAGGGGUUGUAAAACCGUAGUUACCCUGUGGUUAGACCAUUAGAGGUAUACAUGCUGCGCUAACAACCUCACUCUCCCUUCAAGUGUAUGUUUCUGCGUUUCCUUUCAAAUUCUAAAGAUGGCCGCCAAGGCUAAAAACAUUAUUUUAGCUGUAUCUUCCCUCCGCCUCGAUCUUUCAUCAAGAGGAGUAUAUUGUGUAGUUCUAUGAGGUUGUCACUACUUGUCUUUCAUACACCUUUAUCCAAAUGAAACUUCAGGAAUACCCUAAAUGCACCCAACAGAGGAUGGAGAAUUUUCACUGUGUUUGUACAUCUCCAAAUUGUUCCGUUGUACCAAGCUGUACUUUUACCCCAAGUCCUUCAAAACAGCGCCGUCACCCUACUCACCUUGUACAGGUGUGUGACAGUGACCGCUCUCAAUGCAACCUUUAGGUCCAGAGAUGGAGGGCCAUUAAAGAAACCAUUCUUAAUUAAAACGAUAGGGCCAUAAACGGAACUCCGUGUGUGUGCAGCUCGGCGACUGGGCCCUCGUCCACUGCUCUCAGACAAGUGGGCCCUUUCAACCUGGUCUCAGGGGCAGACGUAACAUGCUAAAUGUAAAUCCAGAACACUCUAGUUAGCAUGAUGUUUCAUAUGGUAAAUAUUAAUUUGUGGAUGUUCAUCAUCUAUUACGUUUGAUAUGUUAUGAAUUGCAAUUAGUUGUUGCUAAUGUUCGCUAGGUGGCUAACAAUAAUGUCCGCUAGGUGGCUAACAAUAAAGUUAGCUAGGUGGCUAACAAUAAAGUUAGUUAGGUGGCUAAUAUUAAUGUUAGCUAGGUGGAUAACAAUACAUUUAGCUAGGUGGCUAACAAUAACGUUAUUUAGGUGGCUAACAUUAGCUAGGCUAGGGGUUAGGAUUUAAGGUUAUAGAGUCAGUAGUUGUUUUGAAGGGGAAGGGUUAGCUAACAUGCUAAGUAGUUGCAAAGUAUCUAAAAAGUAGUAAGUAGUUGUAUAUUUGCUAAAAUGCUAAAUUUGUCCAUGACGAGAUUUGCACACGCAACGAUUGCGUUAUAAGUAUCCACCCCAACCAGACCCUACUUUUGUUUUUGCCCCCAUUCUGUCUGAUGUAAUCAUACCAAAUGUAACAUAUGAUACUAAUUUUGCAUGUGCCGGAUUUCAGUUUACUAUGUUACGUAUUCUAUGAGACCCGGGCUGACCCCUUGGACUCAGCUUGUCAGAGUGAUUAAAGCAGCCGGCCAAUCUGCCACUCCGAGGCAAACAUUCACAGAACAGAGCAGACGGACUAUGAUGACUUGUUUUUAUUUCGUGCGCGGGCUGCAAUCAUUCUGUCGGGACUCUGCCACUCUGCCUGAUUUGUACAGUGCGGGGACAAACAACCUUUGCCUGGAGACAGAAAGAAAUCAGGCAGAAAUAUGGAGCACUUGCUGUAAUAUAUCAGUGUUUUAGUAAGAAUGGAGUGGGGUUGAGGGCUGAGGGAUGGGAUGUACCACCUGUAUGGGGAGGGGUGGUAAUUACAGUGCUACCCCCCCCACACACACACACACACACACACACACAGAGAUUCUCUUCCAGACACUCGAGCUGCUGGGGAGGAGUGGAUCAAUCCAAUAUGUGAAAAAUAUUAGCGGUAGUGUCCAUGAAUCAAGUUUUGCCAUAUUCCUCUUUUUUUUGUCUUUCCUUUGAACCUUCUCAAAGCUAUGAAGGAUAUUAUGCACAGAAGAAAUAUCAUUAUUUUGAUUUAAUUUUCAUCUUAUUUUAGCAUAGAGGCACAGUACAAUACUGAUAGUGAUAACAAAAACAAUCUCAAUGUUCGUCAGGCACAACUUUCCAAAAUGUAAUAUGUAGAUGGAAUGCUAUCAGAGAGAUGGCUGUGUGUUUUGGGUUUUCAAUCAAUCAAUCAAUCAAUCAAUCAAUCAAUCAAUCAAUCAAUGUCUUUUAUAAAGCCCCUUUUCACAUCAGCAAAUGUCGCAAAGUGCUGUACAGAAACCCAGCAUUUCAUGUAUGUAAUGAGCUGUUUCUGACAUUUCUGCUUGACCGGGCGAACGGCUCAGACACACAUGAAAACAUGAGAUGACUCAUCGAUAGAGCGACGCUCAAAGAUACACAAAUACGAUACGACGUAUGACCAGCAGGGUCAAAGUAUCAACCACAGUGGUUAUAGAUGGUGUAACAAUAUAGUGAUUUUUUUUACAUUUAAUUUAACUUAAGCAAAUCAAUUAAGAACACAUUCUUAUUUACAAUGAUAACCUACCAGGGAACAGUGGGUUAACUGCCAUGUUCAGAAUGACAGAUGUUUUACCUUAUCAGCUCGGGGAUUCAAUACAGCAACUUUUCCGUUUCUGGUUCAAUGCUCUAACCACUAGGCUACCUGCUCUAACCACUAGGCUACCUGCUCUAACCACUAAGCUACCUGCCACCCCUCUAACCACUAGGCUACCUGCUCUAACCACUAGGCUAUCUGCCACCCCUCUAACCACUAGGCUACCUGCUCUAACCACAAGGCUACCUGCUCUAACCACUAGGAUACCUGCUCUAACCACUAGGCUCCCUGCUCUAACCACUAGGCUCCCUGCUCUAACCACAAGGCUACCUGCUCUAACCACAAGGCUACCUGCUCUAACCACAAGGCUACCUGCUCUAACCACUAAGCUACCUGCCACCCCUCUAACCACUAGGCUACCUGCUCUAACCACUAGGCUAUCUGCUCUAACCACUAGGCUAUCUGCCACCCCUCUAACCACUAGGCUACCUGCUCUAACCACUAGGCUACCUGCUCUAACCACUAGGCUACCUGCUCUAACCACUAGGCUAUCUGCGACCCCUCUAACCACGAGGCUUCCUGCUCUAACCACUAGGCUCCCUGCUCUAACCACUAGGCUCCCUGCUCUAACCACAAGGCUACCUGCUCUAACCACAAGGCUACCUGCUCUAACCACAAGGCUACCUGCUCUAACCACUAAGCUACCUGCCACCCCUCUAACCACUAGGCUACCUGCUCUAACCACUAGGCUAUCUGCCACCCCUCUAACCACGAGGCUACCUGCUCUAACCACUAGGCUAUCUGCCACCCCUCUAACCACUAGGCUACCUGCUCUAACCACUAGGCUACCUGCUCUAACCACUAGGCUAUCUGCAACCCCUCUAACCACGAGGCUUCCUGCUCUAACCACUAGGCUAUCUGCGACCCCUCUAACCACGAGGCUACAUGCUCUAACCACUUGGCUAUCUGCUCUCUGGGGAUGGAGGUUGAAAAAAAAUCACAUGCUUGACAUGCUGAUUCAUGAAAAAAAAAUGGUAGCUCAGAGUUUGAUUCAUGAGGAAAAAGCUUGGUUGAACUAUUCGCUGUUGGGUUCUACUCCUGGUGGGGGACGAAAAACAAACAAAAGCUGGACGUGAAGUUAUGAGCUUUGAUGCAGCAGUAAAUUGAUUUAAAAAAAAAUAAAAAUAAAAAUCUAUUGAAAAUGUAUUUUGUACCUUUUAAGGAGACAUUCCUAAUAGAUGUUUCAUACGUAUGACCUUACAUUGUGACGUAUUGUUAUCUUAUAUUCUUGUUGAAUCAGAUCGUACUGACCUGUAUUUCUGCUUAGUGUUGACAUGUGAAUGGAAUGUGUGUGUGUAUGUGUGUGUGUGCUGGUAUUAUCAUGUUCUACUGAACUAAUCCAAUCAGAAGUGACUAUACAUUUAUUGUAGAUCCCCAGUAUCUCUCUGUGCCAAUCGCCCCUCCCCCUCCCGUUUACACUCCUCCCACUCCUCGAACCUUACCAAACUUCAACCAAUCCUAUGACUUUAUACCUCCUCUUUUCCUCUUUUCCUUUUCUUCAGCCAUGUUCCUUCUACAUCUGUCACUGUUAUGUCCACAUAUAUACUUUUCUUACAUUUAAAAAACAAUAAUAUGCCUGUGUUCUGGUCACUUUGCAAAUCCAAAAGGAGAUGUUUAGGACUUCAUUAUCUAUAGUGAAAGGAAAAGGAAGAAAAAUAUUGAAAUAGUUUUGUUCCUCUCUGCAAGUUUUGACAUGUAUUUAAUGACAACAACAACAACAAACAAAAAAAACAAAUUGAUUUUUUUUUUUAAAUGAUGCUUUCUUGUAGAAAUAUUUUUUAAAGACACUUUUUUGCGAUUAAAUUAUUUAAGAAAUGUGA